AUCGUCUCUGCUCUGACCAUGGCUGAACUCUCCAAUUAUCCACCGUUGCCCAAUCCCAUCACCAUCGUUGGACCCCAAUUCUGUGCUCCCUACCCUGUAGAUUUCUCCAUUUUGAGGAAAGUUGGGAAAGGCAAUUUUUCUGUCGCUGACGAGGUUACUGGCAAUAUUCUCUUCGAAGUCAAGGUUAACCACUUGAGUUUUCAUGGCCGUCGUGUUCUUCUUGACUCCAAUGGAAAUCCCCUGCUCUCUAUACGAAAAAAGAUAUUGAGUGCACAUUGGAGAUGGGAAGUGUUCAGGGGAGAUAGCUGGAAAUCGAAAGAUCUGUUAUUUAGUGUAAAGAAGUCUUCUUUGUUUCAAUUUAUGACACAACUGGAUGUGUUCUUGGCGGCUAAUACGAAAGAGGAAAUUUGUGAUUUCAAGAUCAAAGGGAGCUGGUUGAAGAGAUCUUGUAUGAUCUAUAUUGGAAACUCUUCUAAUGUCAUUGCUCAAAUGAAUAAGAAACAGAGUGUUCAAAGCGUGUUGUUUGGGAAAGACAAUUUCACGGUCACUGUGUAUCCGAACGUCGAUUAUGCUUUCAUCGUUGCCCUCAUCGUUAUUCUCAAUGCAAUCGACGACAAUAGGGAUGAUGAGAAGUAA